GCUCUUUUCCUUGCAGCCCCCCACUCCCUCCUCUCUGUGAAUAACCUCCAACCACUACCCACCAGCAUGAGCGCAAUCGCAAUGGCUGCGGCCAAGAAGUGGGCGGGACCGCAAAUCCAGGCAAGGCUCGAGCCCGACGACCCGUACUACACGUACGUUGUCAACUCGAAGGGCAAGCGGAAGCGCGUCAAGCGCGAUCUCCCGCCCGGCCUCACCAAGGAGGAGGAGAAGAUCCUGCGCAAGGUCCGCCGGCGCGCGCACCACCUCGACAAGGGGUUCAACCUCUGCGGGUUCAAGUUUGGCUGGACCUUCUUCAUCGGCAUCAUCCCCGGUGCGGGUGACAUUGCGAACGGCGUGCUGGGCUACCUCCUCGUCGUGCGGCCGUCGACGACGCUCGACCUGCCGCCGUGGCUCGUCGCGCACAUGCUCUUCAACAACGCCGUGUCGUUUGGCAUCGGUGUCGUCCCGAUCGUAGGUGACGUCGCCCAGGCCGUGUGGAAGGCCAACUGGCGCAACUCGAACGCGCUCGAGGACCACCUCGCGAUCAGGGGACAGAAGGCGCUCGACGAGCAGGCGCGCACGACGGGCGCGACCGCACAAGCGGCCCUCGCGAGCGACCUCCUGCACGGCACUGGCGCCGUCGUCGGCGCCGACGCGACCGUCGUGCAGAUCGGCGACCCCGCCAAGGCGCCUGGAUCCAAGCAGCAGAGGAAGGGCAAGUGGAGCGCGUGGUUCGGCGGCGGUAAGGAGGGUGUCGUGGUGGACGAGGAGGCAGAGCUGCAGUCGGCCACGGGGAGCACGGUGGCGCUGGCCCCCGCGGCAGGCGCCGCGGGGUCGUCUGCGACCGCGCCUGCUCCGGCGGCCAAGCGGGCUGCUGCGCCGCCAGUGGCCCCCGCCGCUGCUCCUGCCGCUGCUGCCCCCGCGCCAGCGCCCAUUACCGCCCCGACUGCCGCUGCUGUGCUCGCCGCCGCACCACCCGCCGAGCCCAAGAAGGGCUUCUUCAGUCGCAAGAAGUGA